UUGAGCGAGUGUCGAGACAUACAUGCCAUACCGACUCUUCGAUUUUCCACUUUUUGAACAAACCGUCAGAUCUGGACUAAAAUCCUUCUUUUGAACAUGAGGCUGUGUGUUGCUGGGACUUGACAGGAGCUGAUCCUCCAGUGGCAGACAGAAUGAUGCUGCCCACUCCCUGUUACUCAACCACAGCUACUAACAGUAGGCGUGUCCCCCAGCUGAUCUGCUGCCAUAGAGAGUUCCAGAACACUCCAGAGGAGGACGACGAAACCUCUACCCCCUGCCCUGAUCUCCCCCCUGACCUCCACUCUGACCUCUGCCCCAACCUCCACCCCGACCUCCAACGUGACGAACCCAGCUCCAUGGCUGGCUCUGCCCUCAGCAGUCGGAGGGCGGGGCCCAGCUACACGCCGUAUCAGCCUCCUGUAGGCCUCCCAGUCGGGUACAGCCAGCCUACCCCGUUCCCCAGCCAGGCUGAUGGCUCCUGGCUUCACCCCAGCUACACCAGUGCCUGGUCUGGUCCUGGACCUGCUUACCCCAGCAGCCUGCCCUCCUGCCUCACCCCUCCGAACUACCCCAGCUACCCAGGGGAGAGCUGCUACUCCCGGGGAAGGUCCCUGUCCCUCACCCCGCUGCCGGGCCGUGACAGCCCUAGUAUGACCAGCCUGGAGCAGCCCCACUCCCUUCACUCCAUCCCCCUCUCAGCAGGCUUCUACCACCACUCUCUGACUCCACACACCUGCUGUGCCCAGUGCCCUGUGGAGGCCUUCAACAUGGGCCCCUACCACAGCCCCCGUCCCAUCGCCGGUUACCGCCUACCCUCCAGGCCCAUGUAUAACUACAGACUGCCAGGUGCAGGCGACGUGCAAAGUGGCCACAUGAGUCCCCAUCCUAACCCCUGCAGUGCCUCGCUCUCUGUGGAACAACCCGGCAGUGCCCCGCUCUCUGUGGAACAAAGAAGGGUGUUUGUGACGUACGAAGCCGACAGCGAUAAACACGUCAAACAGAUCAUCAACUUUGUGGCGUUGCUGAGACACAAUGGCUUCGAUACACACAUCGAUAUGUUUGAGCAGCAGUUCCGGAGCAUCAGUAAGAUCGACUUCAUGGAGCGGUACCUCAGCGAGAAGGAAUACCUCAUUAUCAUCAUCAUCAGUCCAAAGUACCAUGAGACUGUGACCUCAUCACCGGUCAGCUUAGAGAACGACGAGAGGAUCCUCAACACAGUCUACAUACACAAACAGCUGCAGAAUGAGUUCAUUCAGAACGGCAGUAAGAACUUCCGGUUCAUCCCUAUCCUGUUCCCUGGGGCUAGAAAGUGUCACGUCCCUACGUGGCUCCAGAACACUCAUGUCUACAGCUGGCCUAGGGACAGAGAUGACGUCCUACGUCGCCUGAUGAGAAUAGAGAAAUACAACCCUCCUCCUAUUGGGAAGCUACCAACCAUCGUCUCUAUCCCCAUCUAAUAGCACAGCGCCCCCGCUGGACUGGAGGACCGACAGCCGAUUUAAACCAUAAGGCUUCAGCCACACAAAGACUCAUAAAUAUGGAUUAAAUCAUAGUGUCUGUUUUUGUCUGUCGUAAAUUAAACUCAAGUCAACUAUUUUCGGACAAGUUGCAUCCAUAAAAAGACGAUGUUCUUUGAGACCAUCUCUGUGGUCCUUCAGUCAAUCUGUAAUUUUCAGACACAAAAUCUCUGUUUGGCAGUGACCUAACAGUCAGAAUGGACCUCUGCUCUGAAGACAUCCUCACCCUCCAGAUUAGAACCUGUUGCUGAUCUGGGACCAGUGAAAUACUUUACCUGGAUCUUUAUAGGAUUCAACCGGAGACAGAUCUUCUAUGAUUUGUUGUAAACAACUGUUUUAUCUGCUAUGAUUUGUUGUAAACAACUGUUUUAUCUGCUAUGAUUUGUUGUAAACAACUGUUUUAUCUGCUAUGAUUUGUUGUAAACAACUGUUUUAUCUGCUAUGAUUUGUUGUAAACAACUGUUUUAUCUGCUAUGAUUUGUUGUAAACAACUGUUUUAUCUGCUAUGAUCUGUAAACAACUGUUUUAUCUGCUAUGAUCUGUUAACAACUGUUUUAUCUGCUCUGAUCUGUUAACAACUGUUUUAUCUGCUCUGAUCUGUUAACAACUGUUUUAUCUGCUCUGAUCUGUUAACAACUGUUUUAUCUGCUCUGAUCUGUUAACUGUUUUAUCUGCUCUGAUCUGUUAACAACUGUUUUAUCUGCUCUGAUCUGUUAACAACUGUUUUAUCUGCUAUGAUCUGUUAACAACUGUUUUAUCUGCUCUGAUCUGUUCACAACUGUUUUAUCUGAUCUGAUCUGUUCACAACUAUUUUAUCUGCUCUGAUCUGUUCACAACUGUUUUAUCUGCUAUGAUCUGUUCACAACUGUUUUAUCUGCUAUGAUCUGUUCACAACUGUUUUAUCUGCUCUGAUCUGUUAACAACUGUUUUAUCUGCUCUGAUCUGUUAACAACUGUUUUAUCUGCUCUGAUCUGUUAACAACUGUUUUAUCUGCUCUGAUCUGUUAACAACUGUUUUAUCUGCUGUGAUCUGUUCACAACUGUUUUAUCUGCUCUGAUCUGUUCACAACUGUUUUAUCUGCUGUGUUGAUCUACAGUCCUAGAAUACACAGAAGGACUGAACAUAUGAGGCACAGACCUCAAUCGUCUCUGCUUCAGUCAUGGCAGCUUGUGACUGUCUCUGCCUUUUCAGCUGGAUGUGUUUUAACUGUUCUGUGAACUGACUGUUGUCCUGGAACACUGUGUGAUAACUUAGUUGAAGUCGGAAGUUUCCAUACACCUUAGCCAAAUACAUUUAUACUCCGUUUUUCACAAUUCCUGACAUUAAAUCCUCAAAAAUAUUCCCUGUCCUUAGGUCAGUUAGGAUCACCACUUUAUUUUAAGAAUGUGAAAUGUCAGAAUAAUAGUAGAGAGAAUUAUUGAUUUCAGCUUUAAUUUAUUUGAUCACAUUCCCAGUGGGUCAGAAGUUUACAUACACUCAAUUAGUAUCUGUUAGCUAUGCCUUUAAAUUGUUUAACUUGGGUCAAAUGUUUUGGGUAGCCUUCCACAAGCUUCCCACAAUAAGUUGUGUGAAUUUUGGCCCAUUCCUCCUGACAGAGCUGGUGUAACUAAAUCAGGUUUGUAGGACUCCUUACUCGCACACUUUUUUUCAGUUCUGCCCACAGAUUUUCUAUAGGAUUGAGGUCAGGGCUUUGUGAAGGCCACUCCAAUACCUUGACUCUGUUGUCCUUAAUCCAUUUUGCCACAGCUUUGGAUGUAUGCUUGGGGUCAUUGUCCAUUUGGAAGACCCAUUUGCGACCAAGCUUUAAUUGAUGUCUUGAGAUGUUGCUUCAAUAUAUCCAUAUAAUUUUCCUGCCUCAUGAUGCCAUCUAUUUUGUGAAGUGCACCAGUCCCUCCUGCAGCAAAGCACCCCCACAACAUAAUGCUGCCGCCCCUGUGCUUCACGGAUGGGAUGGUGUUCUUCGGCUUGCAAGCCUCCCCCUUUUUCCUCCAAACAUAACAAUGGUCAUUAUGGCCUAACAGUUCUAUUUUUGUUUCAUCAGACCAGAGGACAUUUCUCCAAAAAGUAUAAUCUUUGUCCCUAUGUGCAGUUGCAAACCGUAGUCUGGCUUUUUUAUGGCGGUUUUGGAGCAGUGGCUUCUUCCUUGCUGAGCGGCCUUUAAGGUUAUUUCAAUAUAGAACUUGUUUUACUGUGGAUAUAGAUACUUUUGUACCUGUUUCCUCCAGCAUCUUCACAAGGUCCUUUGCUGUUGUUCUGGGAUUGAUUUGCACUUUUUGCACCAAAGUACGUUCAUCUCUAGGAGACAGAACAAUGACGGCUGCGUGGUCCCAUGGUGUUUAUACUUGCGUACUAUUGCUUGUACAGAUGAACGUGGUACCUUCAGGCGUUUGGAAAUUGCUCCCAAGGAUGAACCAGACUUGUGGAGGUC